AUGUUAGCAAUUGCUGAAGCCGAAGCGAAAGAAUAUGAAGAGGCAAAACAUAAAAAACAAAAAAGUAGUUACGAGUGCGAAUCAUUUUCAAGCUCUAUCACAGAAAAUGGAGAUCUUAAUAAUUAUAAUGACCUA